AUGUCUGAAUUAAACAACCAGAUUAGAAGAAGACAUCAGGAAAAUAAUAUAAGUUCUGAUAAUUCCGGAAAUGAUGAAAUGGCCGAUUUAGAAAACCAGAAUAGAGAAAGUAGAACUCAUCAGGAAAAAUUUGAAAAUGAUGAAACAAGAAUUAUUAGCCAUUACCAAAAAUUUUUCCGGGAGAUAUUAUUAUAUCAACAUGGAUUUAAAAUAUUCUUUUUCAUUUUUUUUAUUUCUUGUAUAAUUCUUACAAUGAAUUACUCAAAUAAGAAAUUCAUUUAUACAACCACAUGUAACUUUAUUGAUGAAAUUCCAGGCAAAUAUGAUAUGAAACUUGUCUUUUUAAAAGAUUUGAAAAAGGUAUUGGAUAAUAUCGCAACUUACCGUCGAGUGGCCAACAUAGUUGAGACAAGUCCAGCAUUAAAAUCACACACUCAUAUAUCAAAGGAUUUACGAUAUUUUUCUGAUCGAUUAUUGGACGCGAGUUUAAAUUUAAAUAAUUUGUAUCAUAAUGGGAUACAUAUGUUUGCAACGUUUGAUGAAGAAAUCAAUUCAAUGAGGAAUCGAAUUCUUUCGGAUUCAUCUUUUAAGAGAGAAGAUAGAAAAUAUUUAUAUGAUAAGAUAACUUUCUUAAAGAUCGAAUUUCAAAAAUUUCGACCAUUAUUUAAACCAACUAACUCUUCCAUUAAUUUGGUGGAACAUCAUAGGAAUAAACUUGAAGCUUCUCUUUUUAUUGGAUUAAGAGAUGCGGAAAAGUUCGUUCUAAAACAUGAUUUUGGAUAUCCUUCGGUAAAUGUACUUGAUUCAAUUAAUGCCAGGGAAGAUGUUCGAUCUAUUAAAAAGGUUUUGUCUCAUUUACAUGAUACUGCCAUUUACUUGUAUAAGUUGAAAAAACUGUUGAUGAUCUACGAAGCAGAUUUGUUUGAUGUUUCGAUUAAACUUGCUAGCAUUAAUAUAGACAAAAAUGGUAUAUUUGAACCUACUUUCCAUGAUUUUAAAUAUCUUCAAUAUUCUGUCGGACAUUUAAAAUCAGCUCAUUAUAAUUUUAUUCGAAAAAAUUUCCUUUUCUUUUAA